AUGUCUACGAGCGAAGAUCCAGUCGUCAAUGGUGUCAAUGGCCAAAAACAGACCAAUGGAAGACGGACACCGUCACUAUCUGGUCUCUCUCUGACCGAGUACAGCGCCAACCCGUCGCCGCCAUCGGACCGCAAACAAGCACGCAUCAAGCAACUCGUUCCUGACGAAUUGCUUCUGCCUAAUGGGCACCCUGAUUAUGUGGGCAUGAUCCUGAAUUCGAGAGUUUACGAAGCCUGCAAGAGAACCUCACUCACGCCCGCCACGAACAUCUCGAAACGACUCGAAUGCAAUGUCCUUCUUAAGCGCGAAGAUGAACAGCCCGUGUUUAGCUUCAAGUUGCGAGGCGCAUACAACAAGAUGGCCCAUCUGGACCCAAAGCAGAGCUGGAAGGGUGUUAUCGCCUGCAGUGCUGGUAACCACGCUCAGGGAGUGGCCUACUCUGCACGACAGCUGAAGAUCCCAGCCACCAUUGUCAUGCCUCAAGGAACACCGAGCAUCAAGCACCAAAACGUCUCACGCAUGGGUGGAACAGUGGUCUUGCAUGGUGCCGACUUUGACGCUGCCAAGGAGGAGUGCCUCCGACUCGAGAAGGCCCAUGGGCUUAUCAACAUCCCGCCGUUUGAUGACCCAUACGUCAUUGCUGGCCAAGGCACCAUUGGCUUGGAACUGAUCUCAGAUACCAACCUCUCGAAAGUUGAGGCCAUCUUCUGCUGUGUAGGUGGAGGUGGCCUUAUUGCCGGCAUUGGUGUCUUCAUCAAGCGCGUGGCUCCCCAUGUGAAGAUCAUUGGCGUUGAGGCCGAAGACGCCAAUGCUAUGGUACAGUCUCUGGCAAAGGGAGAGAGAGUCUUCCUCAAGGAAGUUGGACUGUUCGCCGACGGUGCAGCUGUGAAGACAGUGGGAGAGGAGACUUUCCGCAUCUGCCAAGAGGUUGUCGACGAGGUUGUUCAGGUCACCACGGAUGAGACAUGUGCAGCCAUCAAGGAUGUCUUUGAAGAUACCCGUUCCAUUGUCGAGCCUGCCGGUGCUCUGGCCUUGGCCGGCCUGAAGAAAUGGGUCAAGACCAACCCUUCCAGCGACCCAAGCAGGACAGUCAUUGCCGUUACGAGCGGCGCCAACAUGAACUUUGAUCGUCUGCGCUUCGUUGCUGAGCGCGCUACUCUAGGUGAGGGCAAGGAGGCCCUUCUCUCUGUUCGUAUCCCUGAAAAGCCAGGUGCUUUCUCCGAGCUCAUUGAGAACAUCAUGCCACACGCCGUCACGGAGUUCUCCUACAGAUAUGCUACAGAUGAGGUUGCCAAUGUGCUCGUUGGUAUAUCUCUGACCGCACCGGCAACCCAACGAGUGACUGAGCUUGAGACGCUGCUAGAGCGUAUCAACUCAACAGGAAUGACAGCUACAGAUUUGUCUGGAGACGAAUUGGCAAAGUCGCACAUUCGCUACCUCGUUGGUGGACGAUCCGACGUGCCAGAUGAGCGUGUUUACAUGUUCACCUUCCCAGAAAGACCUGGAGCGCUCCAGAAAUUCUUGAACACUCUGCGCACUCAGUACAACAUCAGUCUGUUCCAAUAUAGAAAUGGCGGCAGUGAUGUAGGCAAGAUCAUUGCCGGUAUCCAGUGCCCAGCUACCGAGUUGAGCCAGCUGGAAGGAUUCCUUAAACAGAUCGGAUACCCGUGGCAAGACUGCACCGACAAUCCUGCUUUCAAGACUUUCCUCAGGUCUUAA